CACACAAUCCUCCAGCUUCGAGGAAAACUAACUUCCUAACCUUUCCCCCAGUGCUUGGGCUCCUGGGCUAUUCCAGCCGCCGGCCGAUUCCGGAGGCCUGGGGAGUCCUCCCUGCAGAACUGAGCGGGCGGUGGAUUCAGGACCUGGUGAUGUCUCUGUGUCUGUUGGGGAGAGCAGUUUCCUGGAAAACACCUCAAGCGUGCAGGCGGCUUUCCACCUAUGUCGCCAAGAUGCGGUACCUGUUCGAACUUAAAGAAGAUGAUGACAUAUGUCGAAAAGCCCAGAGUUCAGGAAUGUUUUACCUUUUCCAUAGCCUGGCUCCUUUGCUACAGAAGUCUGGGGACAGGUACCUGGUCCCUCCAUUUGGGGCUUCAGAUUUGGAAAGAUUCCUAGGCAAGUUUGGACAGGAUGCACAGAAGAUAGAACAAUCUGUCCUGAUUGGCUGCUCAGACCAGCUCGAAGCCUGGUUUGCCCUGGAUCUGGGCCUGGGAAACCCCUCAGGUUCUUUGCAGAAAUCUGAAAUGGAAACUCAGCUCCAGGGUUCCUUUACUGAGCUAAGAAAGGCUCUGUUCCAGCUGAAUGAGAAAGAUGCUUCCUUGAUCUCCACGGCUCACUCCCUUCUCCACUGGCAUGAGUGCCAUCAGUUUUGUAGCAAAAGCGGGCAGCCCACCUGGAAGAAUGUGGCUGGCAGCAAGCGCAUGUGUCCCUCUAGCAAGAUGACCUACUACCCUCAGAUGUCCCCCGUGGUGAUCACCCUGGUGUCCGACGGGGCCCGAUGCCUGCUCGUCCGCCAGAGCUCCUUCCCUAAGGGGAUGUACAGUGCCCUGUCCGGAUUCUGUGAUAUAGGUGAGACCGUGGAGGAGAGCGUCCGGCGAGAGGUGGCCGAGGAGGUGGGGCUGGAGGUGGAGAGCCUGCGGUACUCGGCGUCCCAGCACUGGCCCUUCCCUAAAGGCACGCUCAUGAUCGCCUGCCACGCUACCGUGGGGCCGGGCCAGACCGAGAUCCACAUGAACUCCCAGGAGCUUGAGGCGGCAGGCUGGUUCAGCCUGGAGGAGGUGGUCACCGCUCUCAGGAAGAAAGGACCACCUGCCCGUCAGCAGGAUGGCUCCAUCCCCUUCUGGUUACCUCCCAAGGUGGCCAUUGCUCACCGUUUGAUUAGGGAGUGGGUCCAAAAGCAGAGCUCCUCUUCAGCUCUUGCUUAACCCCAUCGAGGCACCUACAUCUCUCUUCCACAUCCGUGGGGGACAUAGCAAAGACUGAUGGAGGUGAGGUGACAGUGGCCAGAGGCAAGCCAGCCUCCCAAGCUGAGAGACAUUUUGGGACAAUGGAGAGAGCGUUGUAGGAAUCCCACCCCUGAUCCUUACUAAUGCCAAGUCAUUUAUAACAUCACUGAGUCCUGCCUUUCUCCUCUGUAGAAUACCAGUAGGACCUACCUCGUGGGCUCGGUGUAAGGAAGCAGCAAAUCCAGUGUUUUGAAAACUUUAUGGCUGACAUUUAUAUAUAGCAUUGUUAGUGUUAUUAGGCCUGUGAUGUGACAGAAGGCAAGUCUUUCAGAGACCUCAAUUAGGAGAACAAGAGGCCCCGUUAUUUAACAAACGGGAGACUGGGUUUGAGUCUGGUGAGAGGUUCCAAACUUGCCAACUUUGUUAUUGCAGGCAAAUCACUUAGCUUCUCAGAGCCUCUGUCCCCUUGCUGUAAAGUGGGCAUAUUGGUACCUGGACACUCCCCCUCAAAGGGCUAUUAUAAAGAAGGCAUUUUGUACAUCCUUCAAGUGUUACAGGAACAUAAGCCUUUGUGCCUACACCAGAACAAUGAAUGCUUACUAAAUGACUAAUGAAUGAUUAGAUAAAAGGAAAGCAGCUUUGUUCAGUGCCAGAGAAGGAACUCUGUUUAAAUAUUGCCUUAGGAUCUGUUAAAUUGUCUACACCCUUUGAUCCAGCAAUAUCACUAUUAGAUUUGUAUCUCAAAAAGAUCCAAGAGGAAAAGGACUCACACGUACAGAAAGAUUUACUGCAUCUCUUUUUUUGUGAUGGAAAAGAAUUGGAAACUGAGGAGAUGCCCAUCUGUUGGGGAAUGGUUGAACAAGUUAUGGUAUACAGAGGUGAUGGAAUACUAUUGUGCUGAAAGAAAAGAUAAAGGGGAGAAGCCCAAUAAGACUGAUGUAGAGUGAAGAGAACAGAACCAGAACAAUUUAUAUGAGGAUGAAGAUAUUGUAAAGACAAUAACUUUGACAGAUUUAGGAGUUCUGAUGAUUAUAAUCAAUCACAAUUCCAGAGCACUGAUGACACGCACUCCUCACCCUCCUGGUGGACAGGGGAAAUAAUCAGAACCCAAGGAGACACUUUGGUUUUUGGGUGGCCAGUGUAAAAAUCGCUUGACUAUGUAUGUUUGUAAAAGGAUUUUAUUUUUCUUGCCUUCUCAAAGUGGGGGGAAAUGUGGAUCUCUAUGCAAAUAAAAUAACAAUGAAUUUUUAAUAAUAAAGAUGCAAGAUGACACUAGUAGAAAGGGAAAAUACAGAUGAAUGUAGAUUCUUUCUUAUAGAUUUCUCUAAUUUUCCUCUUGACACCAAAGUCUUCCUGAUGGAAGGCCUGUUGGGGUUUCUAUAACUAGGAUUCCAAGUUUUUACCCUAAGGACUAAAAUAAUCUUGAGGUUGUUUGGGGAGAAUGUCAGCAGUACUUUCAGCCGAAUAUUUUUAAAUGUACAGCAAAUGGCAAACCACUCCUAUGUGAGUCACUAGAAUCAGGGGACAGUUUCAUGGCAGCAGUAUCAGAGAAAUCUCUGCUGUUAUAUUUAAUACAUCACUCAUUUCCUGAGAGGUGGCAGUUGGAUGCCGCUAGCCUAGAAUGCUUUGCCCAGUUCCCUCCUUAUGUUCUCCUAGAGCAGAGACACGUUGAUGGCUAUCUCUAGCUGUUGCAACUGGGGAGGGGAGAAUAGCUCUCACUGCCAUGUGAUUUACUGAGCUGUUGGUCCUUGGUAACCAAAUAACCAACUGUUUUGACAAAGACUAGUGACAUGUAAAGUACACAGAACUCUGUUUUCUAUCAUGGUAGAGUCUAACACGGAAACAGCCUCCUAGAACUAGAAAUAUUGAAUAACGCAAAUAUUUCCAGAAUUAGAAACUUGUAUUUACCCCCAAAUAAUCCCAAAAGCCACACCUGCCUCAGGGUUACUGGUAAAUCAGUAAAUGGCAAAAUUGGAACCUCAGGAAGUUAAGCACAGGUCAUAGUCCCUGAGAACCAGGCUGGCCCUUAGUUUUCCUGAAGCAGAGGAAGCAAACUAACACAAUCAAAUGCAGAAAAACUCUCCUACCAGUCAAUGAUUUAGCCUAAUCUCCUUACUUUCUAUAUAAAGAAAUUCUUACUGUUCUAUGAAGAACAGAGAGUGCUAAUCAAUUGUUGGGUAAAGGCUGCAACCUGGAAGCAAAAGAGAAAGAACGAUGGGCUAGUUUCAAGCCUACAGAAGUCAGACUUAGUGGGAGCAGGGCAGGAAUGUGGCCCACCAAUAUGAAAACAGUUAAUAAGGUGUUAGAUAGAAUUCAGUGAACCAAUCUUUCAUUUCCCAGCUCUUUGAAGUACAUAUGAUAUACUACUAUUUGGGGACUCAGAAUAGGUGCUUAUUUUAGUGACUGAAAUUCUAGCCUAAAACCUACCACUUGGGCCCCUUUCCUUGAUAACAGAGCAACUUUAUCCCAAGCCAUUACUUUUUUGUCUUUUUUUAAAUAGAUGCAUUAAGUGAAAUGACAUAUAAGUACUAAUAAAAUACUUCUACCAAGAGGCCGCCUCAUAUUCUCCCAGAAAUAGACAAAUUACUGAUGAGAGCGAAACCAGACAGCCCUGUAAAGUUAUGUAAAAUCACCAACAAAAAGUUAUACAAACUUAAAGGGACUUACACUCUCUGGAACCAGGAAGAACUUGCAGAGAAUGACUCCUUUCAUAUACAAACCUAGAGGGUCCCACAUCCUCUGGAGCCAGGAAGAAGAAUAUCCAGAGAAUAUGCCCUUUCAUAUACAAACUGAAGUAGUCUUGCCUACUCUGUUCUGUUCUAGCUCUGUAUAAAGUAGGCUUUCAGAAAAUGUCUCUUUGCAAAAAUCACUUCUCUCUUGAGAAUGACAAUUGCCGGCCAAGAGCGUUAUCCUGGUGUCUUUCUAACAAUAAAAGCCUUUUUAUCACA